AUGUAUAACACGCAUUUGUUGUAUUUCAACAAAAGAGAGAGAAGUAUGGCGGGUGUGGAACGUUUAGAAAGAAUUGUUGCUGAGUUGCGCAAUGAAGCGAAAGUUCAACGCAUCAAUGUAUCGGUAGCUUGCCAAGAUUUGGUCAAAUACUGUCAAGAUCACGAAUUGAAAGACGUGCUGGUUAGCGGUUUUGAACAUCGAGCAAAUGAAUUCGAAAGCAAGCGGAAGCUAUGUAUCAUGAUAUAA